AUGACUGAUACUCCUCAAACUGUUAUACAACCAAAUAUUACAUCUGAGGGGGCGUUGCAUUUACUGACAGUAUCUGAAAUUAUCUCUGGGACACUCCGAUUGCGGCACAACCAAACGUCACUAGUGUGGGUCACCGAUCUCUUUAUCAUUUACCCCAACAAACCGCGUUAUAACUUUGUGAUGUUGUGCUACGUACCUACAAUGUGGUGUCACGCCUCGACAACUCCGACCAUCGCUGGAAAUGUAUCAGCAACGAGCAUAUAA